GAGCCGGAUCCGGAUCCCGGAGCCGGAGCGGAACCGGAGCGGAGCCGGGGCGGAGCGGGGCCGAUCGGGCCGAGCCAGCAGCCGAGCUGGGGGCGCGGGCGGGCGGCAUGUACCGGGCCCGGGCGGCGCGGGCGGGGCCGGAGCCCGGCAGCCCGGGGCGCUUUGGGAUCCUUAGUACCGGGCAGCUCCGGGAUCUGCUUCAAGAUGAGCCUAAACUGGACCGGAUCGUGCGGCUCAGCAGGAAGUUCCAAGGCCUGCAGCUGGAGCGGGAGGCGUGCCUGGCCUCAAACUAUGCUCUGGCCAAGGAGAACCUGGCCCUGCGUCCCCGCCUGGAAAUGGGCCGGGCCGCCCUGGCCAUCAAAUACCAGGAGCUCCGGGAGGUAGCCGAGAACUGUGCGGACAAGCUGCAGCGACUGGAGGAGAGUAUGCAUCGCUGGAGCCCUCACUGUGCACUGGGCUGGCUGCAAGCGGAACUGGAAGAGGCUGAGCAGGAGGCUGAGGUGCAGAUGGAGCAGCUGUUACUGGGAGAGCAAAGCCUGGAGGCCUUCCUGCCCGCCUUCCAGCGCGGCCGGGCCCUGGCACACCUGAGGCGAACCCAGGCUGAGAAGCUGCAGGAGAUGCUGCAGCGUCGAGAACGCUCUGCUCAGCCGGCCCCCACUCCUACGGAGCCCCCCAAACCCUUCCCGGCUGCAGCCGUCCUGCCUACUGGGGCUACACGGGGGCCUCCAGCCGUGCCCCGGAGCCUGCCCCCCUUGGACUCCCGCCCAGUGCCCCCACUGAAGGGCUCCCCCGGGUGCCCCCUGGGCCCAGCCCCUCUGCUGAGCCCUCGCCCCUCGCAGCCAGAGCCCCCCCAUCGGUAGGAUCCAGGGUGUGGCCCCCAGUUGGGGGGCCUAGACAAACUUGAUUCCUGGCUCCUCCUCCUCCCCCACUGCCUGGGUGGGGGGAGGGGCAGGCCCCUCUCCCUGGCCUCAGGCAGGCCCUGGCCCUGGAGGCUGAGCUGGGGAGGAGGGUCUCCCCAAGAGGCCCAGAGAGGGCUGGGGGUGGGGUGGGCCGGGUUGGGCCUCUGGAGCUGAGGAAACUGCCUUUUUUUGUCUCCCCGGCUGGGGUCUCCAGGGUGAUGAUGGGCCAGCCCCGUGAAGGGACUUUACUCACUGAUGCCCGGUGCCCGGGAAGGUGCCCAUUUCCCCUGGGCCCUGCCUAGGAUUCCAAACAAGUUCAAAGUCAAGGCCAACAGGAUUGCUUUCCAUCUUGUUCUGAGCCUACCUUGCCCCCAAUUCUGGGGCCCACCGCCUAGGAGCCAGGUGGUCAGGCCCCAGGUGCGGGGCCAGGGAGAUCAGGGCUACUGUGAGUCCUACCCAGGCUCCAGACCCUGGGGUAAGGUAGGCCGGGGGCUUCUGACCUGCACAGGUGAGAGCGGGCUGUCCCCCAGGAAAGACGAUCUGUAUUUUUUCUGUCCCUGUCUCCUUAGAAUGGAAGCUUUUUGAGGGCAGGUCCUUGUCUUUGUAUGUUCUGUCCCCAGCCCCGCCUCCUAGGGGCCUGUCAAUAAAUGUGAUGAUAAGGAUG